GCGCGUGUUAGCUUAGCCACUUAGCAGCUAACCAGGCGCUCGCGCAUGUAGCGUUUAGCUAGCCUCUGCAAGAUGGCGGCGUACACAUCUUCAUCGCGCUUUUCUUUUUCUCCUAAACACAUUUAACCCCAAACACUGAUUUAAGACAAAUGCACAGGAGCCCAUCUGCAUGUGGCGCGUUGUAUUUUGAGUUACGCUUCUUCGUUUAGCCGGUAACUGGCGUUUGCUCCGCCGCCGGCGUCUCUAUUUAUUUUCCUCUCGUGAUGAAAAGCGGGUUUUUUCCCGCUAAAAUGGCGCUCGCGCAGAUUUGAGCGGCUAAUAUGCUAACCGGCCGACGUUUUUUUCAUAAUCUUAUACGUUUGAUUUCCCUAAACGCUAACUAAAAAGAAGUGGACAUGGCUUCUUCGGGGACAUCGGUUCUGCAGCCGCGCUGGAAGCGGGUUUUGGGUUGGUCUGGCCCGGUUCCUCGCCCGAGACACGGACACAGAGCUGUGGCCAUUAAAGAGCUGAUGGUGGUGUUCGGCGGAGGCAACGAAGGCAUCGUGGAUGAGCUGCACGUCUAUAACACAGCCACCAAUCAGUGGUUUAUUCCUGCUGUCCGGGGAGACAUUCCUCCCGGCUGUGCUGCGUAUGGAUUUGUGUGUGACGGCACCAGACUUCUUGUGUUCGGGGGCAUGGUUGAGUACGGAAAGUAUAGCAACGAUCUUUAUGAACUACAGGCCAGUAGAUGGGAGUGGAAACGUUUGAAGCCCAAAGCCCCCAAGAAUGGCCCACCACCAUGUCCUCGUCUGGGCCACAGCUUUUCCCUGGUUGGAAAUAAAUGUUAUUUGUUUGGUGGACUGGCUAAUGACAGUGAAGAUCCCAAAAACAAUAUUCCCAGAUACCUGAAUGACCUCUACACGCUUGAGCUACGCCCGGGGUCUAAUGUAGCAGGCUGGGACAUCCCCAUUACAUACGGCGUGCUUCCCCCUCCUCGGGAGAGCCACACUGCUGUUGUUUACACAGAGAAAACAUCCAAAAAGUCUCGUCUCAUCAUCUAUGGCGGCAUGAGUGGUUGCCGUCUUGGGGACCUCUGGACUUUAGACAUAGAUACUUUAACCUGGAACAAACCUGCCAUUAGUGGUGCGCCGGCACCUUUGCCCCGUAGUCUCCACUCUGCCACCACUAUAACCAACAAGAUGUUUGUAUUUGGUGGAUGGGUACCUCUGGUCAUGGAUGAUGUCAAAGUAGCGACACACGAGAAGGAAUGGAAGUGCACUAACACACUGGCUUGCUUAAAUCUAGACUCAAUGUCCUGGGAAACCAUCUUGAUGGACACACUCGAGGAUAAUAUCCCAAGGGCCAGAGCCGGACACUGCACUGUGGCUAUAAACAAUAGGCUGUACGUCUGGAGUGGAAGAGAUGGCUACCGCAAAGCCUGGAACAACCAAGUUUGCUGCAAAGAUCUGUGGUAUUUGGAAACCGAUCGUCCUCAGCCUCCGUCACGUGUGCAGCUAGUUCGUGCCAACACCAACUCUCUGGAGGUGAGCUGGGGGGCGGUGCCUACUGCUGACACUUACCUGCUGCAGCUGCAGAAAUACGACAUCCCUGCUGCAACAGCUGCCACGUCGCCAACGGUCAACCCAACCCCGUCUUUACCCAUCAACUCGCCUAAGAGUCCUGUACCCGCCGCUGCUGCUCCUGCAGCUCAGAGUCUGCCCCUCUCUGGGGUCACAAUGGUGCCACAAGUUCCUUCCCCCACCACCGGCAUGCCAAGCAGCCCGCUUGCAGCCUCACCUCGUGGACCAGCUAUUCUUAAAGUGGCAGCGCCUCAUUCCACCCCCGGGACGUCACUCGUUACUGUGCGUCAGGCCACUCCAGGAGGAAAAUCCCCAGUCACGGUUACAUCACUUCCUGCAGGUGUCCGCAUGGUUGUCCCUGCACAGAGCACCCAGGGGACGCCAAUCGGCAGCAGUCCUCAGAUGAGUGGCAUGGCUGCUCUGGCUGCAGCUGCAGCUGCUACUCAGAAGAUCCCGCCCUCUUCCACUGUGUUAAAUGUUCCAGCCGGAGCCAUCGUGAAAACUGUGGCUGUGACUCCUGGAUCGCCAGCUACUGUCAAAGUAGCUUCACCUGUAAUGGUUGCUAAUCCCGCGACCCGAAUGUUGAAAACGGCUGCUGCUCAGGUCGGCACUUCCGCCAUCUCUACUCCUAACACUCCGACUCGGCCGAUCAUCACUGUGCACAAAUCAGGCACCGUAACCGUAGCCCAGCAGGCUCAGGUCGUCACCACCAUGGUCGGAGGAGUCACCAAAACCAUAACCCUUGUUAAGAGCCCCAUUACAAUGGGUGGCAGCGGAUCUCUGAUCUCCAGCCUUGGGAAGAUGAUGUCUGUUGUCCAGACCAAACCAGUACAAACCUCUGCGAUCACCGGGCAGGCUGGAAGCAGUCCUGUUACUCUAAUACAAACGAAGACUCCUCUGCCUGCUGGUACCAUCCUGAAACUGGUCACAUCUGCUGAUGGCAAGCCCACCACAAUCAUUACAACAUCACAGGCAGGAGGGGCUGGCACCAAACCCACUAUCCUGGGAUACAGCACAGUCUCUCCAACUACCGCCAACAAACCAGGAACCACCAUUAUUAAAACCAUUCCCAUGUCUGCUAUCCAACAAGGAGCAACGGGUCUGACUAGCAGCCCUGGCGUCAAGUCCCCAAUCACAAUUAUCACCACUAAGGUUGUUACUCCUGGCACGGGUACUCCAGGGAAAAUCAUAACCGCUGUGCCAAAACUGACAGGUGCAGGACAACAGGGGGUCACACAGGUGGUCCUGAAGGGGGCGCCAGGGCAGCCUGGCACUAUCCUGCGCACUGUGCCUAUGGGUGGCGUGCGUCUGGUUUCACCAGGCACUGUGUCCGCUGGCAAACCGACUGUUACCACACUGGUUGUCAAGGGCACCACGGGAGUCACAACUCUGGGUACAGUAAGCGGUACUGUAUCAACUAGUGUGGCAGGGGCCAAUGUGGCAAGCGCUAACGCCAGCCUGGUGACUCCAGUCACCACACUUGGCUCCAUCGCAACAUUGUCCAGUCAGGUGAUCAGUCCCACGGCCAUCACUGUGUCUGCUGCCCAGACCAAGCUCGCCACCGCUACAAUACAAUCGGCAGCCCAGCCUACUCAAGUAACCCUGAUCAUGACUCCAAGUGGUGCUGAGGCCCAGCCUGCACAGGAUCUUCCUGUCUCCAUCCUGGCCUCUCCCACCUCAGAGCAGUCCACCACCACCGGUGCUGAUGCUGGUGACGGCGCUGGAGAUGGUGCUACCACCGUGACACUGGUCUGCUCCAACCCUCCCUGCGAGACACAUGAGACUGGAACGACUAACACAGCUACAACGGCUUCUGCCAAAAUGGGCAACGAACAGAUUUGUUCCAACCCUCCAUGUGAGACCCAUGAGACUGGAACGACCAAUACAGCUACAACAGCUUCUGCCAAAAUGGGCAAUGAACAGAUUUGUUCCAACCCUCCAUGUGAGACACAUGAGACUGGAACGACUAACACAGCUACAACAGCUUCUGCCAAAAUGGGCAAUGAACAGAUUUGUUCCAACCCUCCAUGUGAGACCCAUGAGACUGGAACGACCAAUACAGCUACAACGGCUUCUGCCAAAAUGGGCAACGAACAGAUUUGUUCCAACCCUCCCUGUGAGAUGCACGUGACAGGCACCACCAACACAGCAACCACGGCCUCUGUAAACAUGGGCGGAGCACAGCAGAUGUGCGCCAACACACCCUCAGAAACCCACGACACGGGCACCACCAACACAGCCACCACUGCCAGCUGCAACAUGGGAUCUAAAGAGAUGGGAACCGUUAACAGCAAGACCACGUCGUCUUCUCCAACUACGUCUUCAGCUUCUGGUUCAGAACCAGAAACGCCCAGCUCAGAGGGCAGUGCUGGAUCGGGCGCCAUGCGGCCGGAGAAUCCCCGCACGGGGACCACUAACACCUCCACUACCGCCCGCUCCAACAUGGGCUCCGACCAGACGGGAACGGUGCAGAGCUCCAGCAAGAGCCAGGCCGGCAUUUCUUCUACAUUAAUGCCUGUUUGCUCCAACUCUCCCAGUGAAACGAAUGAAGAGGGCAUCACAAACUCUUCUCCUGUGUCUGGUGACAUCCAGCAGGUCUGCUCAAAUCCUCCCUGUGAGACACAUGAGACGGGCACGACCAAUACGGCUACGCAGUCGAGCUCUAGUAUGGGCAGUGGGCAAACCGAUGUUGUGCAGAGGGUGUGCUCCAAUCCGCCCUGUGAAACUCAUGAAACUGGCACGACCAGCACACCGACCCAAGCCUCAUCUUCUAUUGGUGCUGGACAGAACAACACUGUGCAGAGGGUGUGUUCCAAUCCUCCCUGUGAAACCCAUGAAACGGGCACAACAAACACACCGACCCAAGCCUCAUCUUCUGUCGGUGCUGGACAGAAUGACGCUGUGCAGAGGGUGUGCUCCAAUCCGCCCUGUGAAACUCAUGAAACUGGCACCACCAACACAGCCACGACAGCAACAAGCAGCUUAGAAACUGGAGAAGUAACAGACCAGCAGGCCGGUGAUGAACAGAGUGACAGCGGCACCAGCUCAGAACCCUCAUCAUCUACAGAACCAGCCAAUCCCACAACACAAAGCAGAGCCAUCACCACAGUAACACAGGCCACGCCCACUCCAGGACCAUCAGUACCGGAGAUUUCAUCCAUGGCUGGAUCUGCGGUAGUGGCUGAGGUCCCAGGAGAGGCCGAGGCCAUGGAGCAGACCAGCGCUGAGGCUGAAGCUGUGGCGGCGGGAGAAGAGCCCAUGCAGACCGAGUGUCAGGGAGAGCUGGGUGAAGAGGGAGCUGUUAGGGUUGUUGCCAUAGAUGAAAGCGCAGCCGGUGAAGAGGGCACUGUGCUACAGGUUCAUGUCGCCAUGGAAGCACAGCCAGGUCAAGGAGAUCAGGCUGAGCAGAUGGAGGCCGGUGUGGAGGGCGCAGAAGCGAUGAGUCUCGCCGCUCAAGACUCAGAAGCCCUCGCUCUGCCCCAGGAGCUGAUGUCUGCAGAAGGACAGCAAACCACCCUCAUGGUGACCGGACUGACUCCAGAGGAGCUGGCAGUGACGGCAGCGGCUGAGGCUGCAGCACAGGCUGCGGCUACAGAAGAAGCGCAGGCCCUUGCCAUCCAGGCGGUCCUACAGGCAGCUCAGCAGGCUGUGCUCAGUGAGGGAGACGCAGGUCACGAAGGGCAGCAGUCCACCACCAUACCUAUAGUUCUGACUCCGCAGGAGCUCGCUGCUCUGGUUCAGCAACAGCAGCAGCUCCAGGAGGCGCAGGCGGCCGCAGCCCAGCAGUUAAGCGCUGCAGCAGCCGCAGCUGCACUUCCCACCGAAGGCUUGGCACCAGCAGACAGUCUCAACGACCCAGCAUCUGAGAGCAAUGGCCACGAGAUGACAACUGCUGUUGCGGGAGCUGUGGUCCGUCUCCUUCCACGUACCUCUGCAGAGACUCUAGCCCCAUCAAGUACUUUUGCACCAUCUCAGCCGAUGGUGGUAGCCAGCCCAGCCAAGAUGCAAGCGGCCACUGCUUUAGCUGAGGUGGCCAAUGGGAUUGAAUCAGCAGCUGGGAAGCAAGAAGCUCCUCCAGCCGUUGUAAGGCCACCAGUGAAGAAAGAGAAUCAGUGGUUUGACGUUGGAAUCGUUAAGGUCACAAACAUGGUUGUCACACACUAUUAUGUGCCAGCAGAUGAUUCAGCGGUUACUGAUGAUGAUUCUGGCGCGAUCCCAGAUUACAGCCGAAUGAAAAAGAUCGAGCUUUCUCCAGGCACUGCAUACAAGUUUCGAGUGGCUGGUAUAAAUGCGUGUGGCCGCGGGACAUUCUCUGAGGUCUCUGCAUUUAAGACCUGCUUACCUGGCUUCCCUGGAGCCCCGUGUGCCAUUAAAAUCAGCAAGAGCCCCGAUGGUGCCCACCUGACCUGGGAACCUCCUUCAGUGACGUCAGGGAAGAUCAUUGAGUAUUCGGUCUAUCUGGCCAUCCAGAGCUCACAAACAGUCGAGGCUAAAGCAUCCACUCCAGCUCAGCUUGCCUUUAUGCGGGUGUACUGUGGGCCCAACCCGUCCUGCCUAGUGCAGUCGUCUAGUCUCUCCAACGCCCACAUCGACUACACCACCAAACCCGCCAUCAUCUUCCGCAUCGCCGCUCGCAAUGAGAAGGGCUAUGGCCCUGCAACACAAGUCAGGUGGUUACAAGAAACCAAUAAAGAUGGCUCUGCAGCCAAACCUGCAGCAAAGAGGCCAGUCUCGUCACCUGAUAUGAAAGGCGCCGGCCCAAAGAAGGCCAGAUCUGACCAGUGAGAGCUCACCGUGACCCUUGACCCCGCCCUAUGUAUGAGCUGAACCAUGACUGAACUCCACCUCCUGCUUCCACUUCUCACCCCAUUCCAUCCUCUGCAAUGAACCAGAAGGAAACUGCAGCCAAAAAUAUGAAAGCGUUCAAAAAAAGGAAAACCUUUCCAUUUCCAUUUUUGAGAAAUCCGCUCCUAUCACUGGACAUGUUGGUGCUAUGGACGCCUAAUUUCCAACUGUAUUUUUUCUUUUUUAAACAUUAAUGUUCCUCCUCAGAAGCACAUACAUUUGCUUUUCCUGACAAUUUUGUGUAAAGCGAUUCCAACAGCAGCGUUCGGUCUAGUUAUAACUAUUAUCAAAUACUCAUUUUCUGUUUUUUUUUUUUUUUUUUUUUUUUUUUUUUUUUAAGCUUAUUCCUAUACAAGCAAUAGAUAACAGAAAGAUAACUUUGCUCUCUUGUCAGUUUGUUGUUGUUUCCAUUAUUUGGGCAAGUCUGUAUAUUUCAACCACGUGCUGAAAGGAGACGGAGGAAGGAGUGCGGACGACGAAACGAAGCAGGGGAAAUGCAUCGAAAUCAAAUGAAAACGGACAGCACUUGGUUAUGCUUAUGAGGGAAAAGACUCUGUAAUUAUUCAUUCACUUCGAGUUCAUUAGCCUGUUUUGCAUCACUGUGUGUUCAUACAUUUGCUGUGAGGGACAAUUGAGGACCGCAACGCUGAAGACUCAAAGGACUUCGAUUCAUGUAGAUGAAAAGCAUACUACUUUUGCAUUGCAUCAGCUAGAUCUUGUAUAAAGAGAGAAAAUCCCAAAAAUAGUAAAUGGUGAUACAGGAGUUCUUUGUGUGUGGUUUAUUUUUGUAAUUAUUAUUUUUCUUCUCAUGUAUUUGUGCUUCAGAGCGCAGUUUUAAACCUCACACCUCUCUUCAGCAUGUUAACUGCUCAUCCCUGUAGUCUCCAUGCUUGUGGAUUUGACAUGCGGGCCACAGUGUCUCCCGUGUUCAUGAAUGAUUUCACCUUUACUUUGGGAAUUGUAGUGUAAAAUGUAUUUGUUCUAAACAAUAACCCACUUUUGAGGUUUUCUCCACCCUUUUUCCACCCAACUUGUUACUUUUUUGAAUUUAUAGAGCCCUACUGCAGAAAAAGAUGCUUUCAUUUUUAUUUCCCUCUUGUCGUUAGUCUGUAGUUCCUGUACAUUUACUUUUCUGAUUCUGACGUUUAUUUUAUACGCUUGGUUUUGUGAGUUGAUCGAUACGAGUUGGGAUUCUUCUCCAGCUGUGCAGCAGAAGUUUGAACCAUUUUCAUUUUCUGCCUCGGACUGUUUGGACUUGUUUAGGGAUGCAGGUUUGUGUAAAUGCUAAAUUGGUGCAUAGUAAGGAGAGGUUUUGAUUUGUAUGUCUUUUUUGAAUGGAAGUUGGAAACUGUUCCUGUUUCUUGUGGUUGGGAAAUGUUGCAGAUGGAUUGUUGGCUUAGCCAGAGUUUGAACUCCGUUGUAAAUUAGUUCUUUCACGUAGCAAGACGUAAAACAAAACUCUUUGCCUUUUUUAUAUAAUUAUCUGUAACAAAAUGUUUUUACAUGUUGUCAUCUAUUGAUUGCUUUUGUGUCUUGACAUAAAAGUAACAGAAUUCUG